AUGGCACAGGGCACUUCGGCGCAGCAAAUGGAUACCAUCAACUCAACGGAGUUCGCGCUGGUAUAUGCUUUUUACCGGGCGGCGGAGGCGUUCGACAGUGGAGCGCAGCGCAUGCACGAGUACGAGGCAGGGGCGGAGUUGGUGGAGGCGAAGCAACACCUUCGAAGUCUGAAUGCUUUGGCGGAGUCGGGGUUGUCGAGCGACGAGCGCGACAGACUGAACGGCGUCAUUGAGUCGGCGCAGAAAUGUAUAAACGAGCUAUGGGACCGGAUUAAAUCGCGGCAGGAGCGCUUCACACUCGUGCAAGCAACUCUUGGUGGCGCGUCUGGUGGGAGUGACUUCUUCUGA